GAGGGGCUGGAUCGGAGGGCGGGAAGUGGUGUCGCCGGGGGUUUCUGACUGACUCGGGUUCAGAGUUUGGGCCGGACGCCCAGGCAAUAAUUUCAGGAUGCCAGAGAAUUCAGAUGAUUUUCCUUGGGUUUUUGUCAACAAUGUGGACAAUGCUCUUGGCUCCCUGAAAAACUGUCAGGCUUAUAUUACUGCUGGAAUGCAAAGUGUCAAUAACAUUGCCCUGGAUCUUGUGGUAACUCAGACUGAUACAGAUGGUGAUUCUAAUAUGGAAAAUUUACUGUUUGAAUAUAUUGAAAUGGAAAGAGAUCUGAACCAGUACAUGACGGCAGUUGAAGCUACCCUAAGUCAGGUAAAAGAUAAAGAUUACUUAAAUCUAACACCAGAUCUAAAGGCAUUAGUUGAAGAGAAAUUAAUGACUUUAAAAAGCAGCAACACAGAAGAAGACUUGAAAAAAGAUGACAGACUUGUGCAGUUUCGAAAACAACUGAGAGAAGUGAAGAAGCAAUGUGGACUCCCCGUAACUGAUGAUGAAACAGAAGAACAAAUAGAUGAAGAUAUGAUUGUGACCCAAAGUCAGACCAACUUCAUUUGCCCCAUUACUCAGUUGGAAAUGAAGAAACCAGUGAAAAAUAAAGUAUGUGGACACACCUAUGAAGAGGAAGCCAUUAGAAGAAUUAUUGAGUCGAAACACAAAAGAAUGAAAAAGGCAUGCUGCCCCAAAGUUGGCUGUAGCCAUACAGAUGUAAAGCUGACAGACCUUGUGCAAGAUGUGGUACUUAGAAGAGCCAUUGAGAACCACCGAAGAAUGGCCAGCAGUCAAAGCAAACAGAGCCACUAGACAUGCAGAAGUCUCCAGCUCAUGUGCUCUUGUAAGAGGGAAGGCUUAUCAGUGUCUACCAAGAUCACUUGCUUAUUGUAAACUGACUAGAACAGAUUAUUACUUUUUUCAUUUGUAGGUAAAAUCAAAGAUGUCAAACAUAAUCCCCAAAAGUGAUUUUAACUGCCAUGUAACAACUUUCAUUUAAAAUUUUCCUCUUUAAAACUUUGUUUUUGUUAAAUAAAGUGAUUAUCUGCAA